AAGCUUCUGAGAAUUCCAUAGCGUCAGAUUAGAAAGGACUUAGGCCCUGGUCCAAGCCCCUGUCUUCUGAGCCUUCACUAUGGUGGCCGUAGGCAUGGCUGGGUCUGGGGGGGUUGGAGAGGUUGAUGGGGGAGAGAUGAAGCCCUUAUUAUCAGUCUUUUGCUUCUGUUCAUUUCAAAUAUUGUCUUGGGAAUCAGUAGAUAUCAAAAGGGUUCCCUGCCACCAUGGGUUGGCAGACAGAUUUCUCAGUGCAGUUUUUUCUCCCAGGCCCUCACUCUCCAGCACCUUCCUGUUGCUGCAGCUUCCUGGACUACCUCUGGCUGACUAAUUAGAUAUGUUUAGUCUACUCAGUUGUUUUGAGGCCCACAAGCAGCCCUUGGCCAGUAGAAGUCUUAGCACUUUCUCUAAGAAAUGAUUCCUUUUUAUCAUUUAAUGUGCAAUUGAAAAGUAUGUGUGGGUUAUGUACAAAGGCACAGCACACACAGAGAGCCCUUCAUGUUCUGGUGUCCAAGAGUGUUUCAGCCAAAUUUCAGUUGCAGGGGAGCCACGUUGAGAUCCCCUGGAGGUGGUCAGAUGUGUGGAUCUGGAUCUCGGGGGAGUGUUACAUUUCUGGAUUUGGGAACGAAUGUGCCUCAGAGGACCCUCGCUGCCCUGGUGCCCUGCCAGAAGGACAGAACAAUCCUCAAGUUUGCCCCUACAAUCUGUAUGCCGAGCAGCUCUCAGGAUCAGCUUUUACUUGUCCUCGGAGCACCAAUAAGAGAAGUUGGCUGUAUAGGAUUCUACCUUCCGUUUCUCACAAGCCCUUUGAAUCCAUUGACCAAGGCCAUGUCACUCACAACUGGGAUGAAGUUGAUCCUGAUCCUAACCAGCUUAGAUGGAAACCAUUUGAGAUUCCAAAAGCAUCUCAGAAGAAGGUGGACUUUGUGAGUGGCCUGCACACCUUGUGUGGAGCUGGGGACAUCAGGUCUAACAAUGGGCUCGCCAUCCACAUGUCCCUCUGCAACACCUCCAUGAAGGACAGAUGCUUUUACAAUUCAGAUGGGGACUUCUUGAUUGUUCCCCAGAAAGGGAAACUUCUCAUUUACACUGAGUUUGGCAAGAUGCUUGUGCAGCCCAACGAGAUCUGCGUCAUUCAGAGAGGAAUGCGGUUCAGCAUAGAUGUCUUCGAGGAGACCAGGGGCUACAUCCUGGAGGUCUAUGGCGUCCACUUUGAGUUGCCUGACCUGGGACCGAUUGGAGCCAAUGGCUUGGCCAAUCCUCGUGAUUUCUUGAUACCUGUUGCCUGGUAUGAAGACCGCCAAGUGCCAGGUGGUUACACUGUGAUUAAUAAAUACCAAGGAAAACUGUUUGCUUCCAAACAGGAUGUCUCCCCGUUCAAUGUCGUGGCCUGGCACGGGAACUAUACCCCCUACAAGUACAACCUGGAGAACUUCAUGGUCAUCAAUGCAGUGGCCUUUGACCACGCGGACCCAUCCAUUUUCACAGUAUUAACUGCCAAGUCUCUCCGCCCUGGAGUGGCCAUCGCUGACUUUGUCAUCUUUCCACCCCGAUGGGGGGUUGCUGAUAAGACCUUCAGGCCUCCUUAUUACCACAGGAACUGCAUGAGUGAAUUCAUGGGGCUCAUCAAAGGUCACUAUGAGGCAAAGCAAGGUGGGUUCCUGCCAGGAGGAGGCAGCCUACACAGCGCCAUGACUCCCCACGGGCCAGAUGCCGACUGCUUCGAGAAGGCCAGCAAAGCCAAGCUGGUGCCUGAGAGGAUUGCUGAUGGCACCAUGGCAUUUAUGUUUGAGUCUUCUCUAAGUAUGGCCGUCACCAAGUGGGGGCUCAAGACCUCUCAUUGUUUGGAUGAGAACUACUACAAGUGCUGGGAGCCUCUCAAGAGCCACUUCACACCCAAUUCCAGGAACCCAGCAGGACCUAAUUGAGAUUGGAGCAUUGCUACCUUAGUUGUUCCUUUAGAAUCUCAUGACUUCAGGCACUACUGGGGGAGGAGGUGGGUUAAAAUGAGAAUUCACUUUUUUAUCGUCAAGUGACUGAGACAUUUGUAGAAAUGUAUCUGAAUUUCUGUGUCUGUCAGCUUAAUUACUCAAUAAAUACUUGCUGGUGUUGUGUGGAA